AAUCACCUUUUAUCUAAUUUUUUUAUUGAAAUGCCAUUCAAUAAAAGACCAGCUGAUGGGAUUGAUAUUCCAGAAGACGAAGGUAUCAAUAGCUUUGAUGAUACCCCAUACUUUGAUUAUCAUCAUAUGAAGGCUAUUGAGAAUCAUGAUAGCAAAUACCUUUGUCAAAGCCUUUCCGUGUCCCCCGCAGCACAUCAUUUAUCUGAGUUACACUUGAAUGAUCAAGAAUUCACUUUACCUCAAGUUCCUGAGGAUUCCGACCUUGGCAAGGCAUCUAUUCCUCAUGCAGCAGAUCCAAAAGCCAAGUUUGAAGUAAGAGAUGAUGCUAUUACUGCUGAGCUUCGCGAGCUCUAUGGGGCACUUCAAAAAUGUCUUGAUUUGCGUGAAAAGUACAUUGAGUUCUCUAGUCAACGCUUAAUGGAUGAUCCUCGUAAUCAAGAUGAUUGGGAAAUCUACCCUGCCCCUCCUCCCAGAUCGUGGCCCUUACCUCCACCUGAAGAACUUGAGCGUCGCAAGGCUAAGGAAAAGGCACGUGAAGCAGAUCCUGUUGCUGCUGUAGGAUCUGACUUUGACUUUGCUCAAUGCAAGAUUCCUGGUCCUCAUGUAUACCAGUAUGGCAUUGGAGCAGAUGGCUACUAUCAAGUGUAUAGAAACGAGUUGGAUCAAACUGUAAACCAGCCCAUUCACCAAUUCCCUUCGCCUAGAGAUUUUUAUAAUGAUAUGGAGUUUGUUUUGGGUGUCAUUAGUGAUGGCCCUGCCAAGAGUUUUGCAUUCCGUCGUCUUCGUUACUUGGAUAGUAAAUGGCAAAUGUACAUCUUGCUGAACGAAUUCCAAGAGUUGGCUGACUCCAAGUGUACACCUCAUCGUGAUUUCUACAACGUCAGAAAAGUCGAUACCCACGUUCACCAUUCCAGCAGCAUGAAUCAAAAGCACUUGUUACGUUUCAUCAAAUCCAAAAUGAAGAAAAAUCCUGACGAUGUUGUUAUUUAUCGUGAUAGCCACCACUUGACACUGAAGGGUGUAUUCGAAAGUUUGGGAUUGACUGCUUAUGACCUUAGUAUUGAUACUUUGGACAUGCAUGCACACAAAGACUCUUUCCAUAGAUUUGACAAGUUCAACUUGAAGUACAAUCCUAUUGGUGAAAGUAGAUUGAGAGAAAUUUUUAUGAAAACCGAUAACUACAUUCAGGGCAGAUACCUCGCUGAAAUUACAAAGGAAGUUGUUUCUGAUUUGGAAUCAUCGAAGUACCAAAUGGUAGAAUACCGUGUCUCAAUUUAUGGUAGAUCUAUUGAUGAAUGGGACAAGUUGGCUAAGUGGGUUGUCAACAACAAGUUGUUUUCUUCUAACGUGCGCUGGCUGGUUCAAGUGCCUCGUCUUUACAACAUCUACAAGGCAUCCAACGCUGUUUCUAACUUUCAGGAUCUUAUUACCAACAUUUUCCAACCUUUAUUUGAUGUUACUCAAGAUCCUUCCCGUCAUCCUGAACUCCACGUCUUCCUUCAGCGCGUGAUUGGUUUUGAUACUGUCGAUGAUGAAUCGAAGCCCGAAAAGCCCAUUUAUAAGGACUUCCCUCUUCCUAAAGAUUGGACUUCUAACGCCAACCCACCUUACAGUUACUAUUUGUACUACUUGUACGUCAAUAUUGCUUCUCUCAACAAAUGGAGAAAGACACGUGGGUUUAACACUUUGGUUUUGAGACCUCACUGUGGUGAGGCUGGUGAUACUGACCACUUGACGGCUGCUUUCUUGACCUCUUAUGGUAUUAGUCACGGUAUUUUGCUUCGUAAGGUGCCUGCUCUCCAAUACCUAUACUAUCUUGCUCAAAUAGGUAUUGCCAUGUCACCACUCUCUAACAAUGCCUUGUUUUUGACAUACGAGCGUAAUCCUUUGCCUCAGUUCUUCCAACGUGGUCUCAACAUUUCUUUAUCCACUGAUGAUCCAUUACAAUUCCACUUUACUAAGGAACCUUUGAUCGAAGAAUACAGUGUGGCUGCCCAAAUCUGGAAAUUCUCUGCUACUGAUAUGUGUGAAUUGGCUCGUAACUCUGUCAUUCAAUCUGGUUGGGAAAACAAGAUCAAGAAGCACUGGAUUGGCGAGGAAUGGUACAAAUCUGGUAUUAAUGGCAAUGAUAUGCAAAGAACUAACGUGCCUGAUAUUCGUGUUGGCUUCCGUUACGAGACAUUGAAAGAAGAACUAGAUGCUCUUCGCCGUUAUGGAAAUGAAGCUCAAGAAGAGCCUGUCAGCAAACAGGACUUUGUAGGUGUUGCUGGACUCGCUGAAAACCCAACUGUUCAACACCAUUUGAAUAAUGGUUUUAAGGGCAACUCCGAUAAUCAAAUGGUUUCCUUCCCUGGCGCUGCUCUUGUUGCCGAGCGCGCCAAACUUAGAUCUGGUCAUUAAUGUAAAUACAAACAUGAAAUAAAAAUUGGUCUUGCAAUGAUA